AUGAAAAACGCGAACGAUAAGCCACUCUCUGACCUGUUUCUUCCUUCCCUAAUAUUUUUCCUACCCCUCACCAUCCUUGUAUUAGUUCCCAUUUCCCAGUUUGAUGCUUUUGCAGAAGCUGCAGUAGUAGGAGAAGGCAAAGAAGUUGUUGCUCUUCAAACAUGGAAGGCCAGCCUAGAUAACAGAAGCCAAUACCUCCUGUCAUCUUGGAUUGGAAGCAACCCUUGCAAUAACUGGGAUGGCAUUGGUUGCAGCAAAUCUGGAAGGGUCAACCAAAUAGACCUCACGAGCUAUGGUUUAAGAGGUAAGCUUGAGGAUCUUAACUUCUCUUCCUUGCCGUAUCUCAGCUGCAUUGACAUGCAUAACAACUCACUGCAUGAGACCAUCCCCUUGAACAUUGGCAGGCUUUCUAGACUCACCUAUCUCGACUUGUCUGAUAACUGUCUUUCUGGGGUGAUUCCUUCUGAGAUAGGCUCAUUGAAAAAUCUUCAAUUCUUUUACAUGAUGGACAAUCUUAUCAAUGGCUCCAUCCCUCAAGAGAUUGGAAUGCUAAGCUCUCUCAAUGAGCUUUCACUAUCAAACAACAAUCUCAUUGGAUCAAUACCUCAAGAAGUUGGAAGGCUGAUUUCUCUUACUAACCUCUCACUAUCUGGAAACUCUCUCAUGGGUUCAAUCCCAGCUUCUCUAGGGAACUUGGUGAAUCUCAACUUUCUGCACCUGCAUGAGAAUAAUUUCACAGGAAGCAUUCCUUCUUUCUUUGGAAACUUGACAAACCUCAAGAUGCUGUGGCUACAAGAAAAUCUCUUAGCUGGCUCCAUUCCUUCAGCAUUGGGAAAGUUAAAAUCCCUGGUGGAUCUGAGAUUGAACACUAACAGACUCAUUGGCCUCAUUCCUCUGGAGCUGAAUAAUCUCACACACUUGAGAAGGUUUCAUUUAGGUGGCAACAAGCUCACUGGUCAACUGCCACACAAUAUAUGCCUUGGUGGCUUACUUACAAGGUUGGCUGCUCAAAAUAACAAUUUGAGUGGUAGCAUCCCAAAAAGCUUGAAAAAUUGCACUACCUUAUACAGAGUCAGGCUUGAUGGAAACCAAAUUUCGGGAAAUAUCUCAGAAGUUUUCGGCAUUUACCCAAACUUGGAUUAUAUUGAUCUGAGCUAUAAUAAAUUCUACGGUAAGCUACCUAAAACUUGGGGGCAAUGCCAAAAUCUAACUUGCUUGAAAAUUUCCGACAAUAAUAUUUCUGGGAGGAUACCGCCUGAGCUUGGAGAGGCAACUCAACUUGGUGAACUUGAUCUCUCUUCAAAUCUUUUGGAUGGGGAGAUUCCGAAAACUUUGGGAAAGUUGGGCUCAUUAAUUAUUCUCAAUUUGAACGAUAAUAAGCUUUCAGGUAAUAUUCCUCCAGAACUUGGUAACUUGCAUGAUCUUGCUUCUAUUAAUUUAGCUGCAAAUAAUCUAAGUGGCCCAAUUCCAGAAGAAGUUGGAGAGUGUGUGAAAUUAUUGGCGCUCAAUUUGAGCAAAAAUUUAUUUGGUGGAAGUAUUCCUUUGGAAAUAGGAAAUCUACAAUCUCUUGAAAGUAUUGACCUCAGCCAAAAUAUGCUCAUAGGCGAGGUACCACGGCAACUUGGACAAUUGCGAAGAUUGGAGACAAUGAAUCUCUCCCUUAAUGAGAUCUCCGGCUCCAUUGAAUCAAUAUUUGAUCAAAGCCUAAGUUUGUCAUCGGUUGACAUAUCCUACAAUCAAUUGGAGGGUCCUCUUCCCUGCAUUGCAGCCUUUCAAGAGGCUCCAUUCGAGGCAUUAAGAGGUAACAAGGGUUUAUGUGGCAAUGCCACUGGCCUAAGGCCUUGCUCUCCUGUAAAGAGCAAGAAAGAUAAUGACAGAAGGGGCAAAAGAAUUCUGAUUUUAAUCCUACUUCCUGUUGUGGGCACUUCAGUUUUUCUAUCUAUUGUUUUUGGGUUUUUUUGUGCUUUUUGGCCGAAAAAGAGGAGCAUAGCAAAUGAGCCUAGAAGAUCAAAUGGAAAUUUGUUCUCUACAUUGAGCUUUGAUGGGAAGAUUGUGUAUGAAAAUAUUGUUGAAGCCACAGAGGACUUCAGCUCCAGACACUGCAUUGGGGUGGGAGGAUGUGGAACUGUUUAUAAAGCCGAGUUGCCUGGUGGGCAAGUUGUUGCUGUAAAGAAACUUCAUGCAUCACAUGAUGGUGAGAUGCAGAAUCUACAAGGUUUUAAUAAUGAAAUCUGUGCUUUGACAGAGAUUCGACAUCGAAAUAUCGUGAAGCUCUAUGGUUUUUGUUUACAUACACGACACUCGUUCCUGGUUUAUGAGUUCUUGGAAGGGGGGAGCUUGGGAUAUUUUCUGAGCAAUGAUGAGCAAGCAAUGAGGUUUGAAUGGAGUAAGAGGAUCAAUAUUGUCAAAGGCGUGGCAAAUGCACUGUCUUAUAUGCACCAUGGUUGUUCACCUCCAAUGAUUCAUCGUGAUAUAUCAAGCAAAAAUGUUUUGUUGGAUUCUGUAUAUGAGGCUCACAUCUCUGAUUUUGGGACUGCAAGAGUUUUACAGCUCGACUCAUCUAAUUGGACUUCUUUUGCUGGAACUUUUGGGUAUGCAGCUCCAGAACUAGCUUACACAAUGGAAGUGAAUGAGAAAUGCGAUGUUUACAGUUUUGGUGUUCUGUCAAUGGAGUUGAUAAUGGGGAAGCAUCCCGGCGAGCUUGUCUCGUCCCUGUCAUCAUUGAUAACUGCCCAGAGUAUCCUGUUGAAGGAAUUAUUGGACAAACGCCUCUCACCUCCAAGUUUGCAACUGGCAGAGGAGGUGGUCUAUGUAAUUAAGCUAGCAUUGGCAUGUUUACAUCCUAAUCCUCUGUUUAGGCCAACUAUGCAGCAAGUUUCCCUGCAGUUAUUGAAACAAAAGCCAGCUCUACAAAAUCCAUUAGAUAUUGUUUCAUUAGACCAACUGUUAAAUAUCGAAUCUCCGACUUCCUACUAA